AAAUGCAGAGAGAGAGAGAAAACACCAUCGAUUUCUUGAAUCAAACCUCCAAUUCUCGCUUCUCGAGCAAAAGGGUCACUCAAACAAGCAUAAAGAUUCAACCUUUUCGAAUCAAUGGCGCUAGCUAGGGAGCUCAUGGGCUUGUCUCUGAUGGAGAAAUCGUCGUUCUUCGCUUCUGCUUCGUCGACGAGGCUGGUUCUGAAGCAGAAUCGGAGCCGGUCUUUUCUGCCCCUGGAGGGGAGGAGAGUACAAGUGGUGAUACGGAGGAGUACAACCACCACCCCUGUUGCGGCGAUCAGUGAGGAUUUGGAUUUGGAUUUGGUGAAAGUGCUGCCGGAAAAGGCUGUGAAAUUCAAGGUUAGGGCGGUUGUGACUGUGAGGAACAAGAGCAAGGAGGAUUUUAAGGAGACUUUGGUUAAGCAUUUGGAUGCUUUCACUGAUAAGAUUGGGAGGAAUGUUGUUUUGGAGCUGAUCAGCACUGAUUUUGAUCCCAAAACAAAGGCUCCAAAGAAGAGCAAAGAAGCUGUGUUGAAGGACUGGUCCAAGAAAUCAAACCUCAAGACUGAGAGAGUGAAUUACACAGCAGAGUUUGAGGUGGAUUCAAAUUUUGGGACUCCUGGUGCAAUUACAGUUAACAAUAAACACCAAAAGGAAUUCUUUCUGGAGAGUAUCACAAUUGAAGGAUUUGCAAGUGGCCCUGUGCAUUUUCCCUGCAAUUCUUGGGUUCAGCCCAGGAAAGAUCAUCCUACAAAGAGAAUUUUCUUCACUAAUAAGCCAUAUUUGCCACAUGAAACACCUGAGGGACUAAAGGCUCUUAGAGAGAAGGAGCUGAGAGAAUUGAGGGGUGAUGGACAAGGAGAAAGAAAACUGUGUGAUAGAGUGUAUGACUUUGAUGUGUACAAUGAUCUCGGAAAUCCAGACAAGGGGAUCGACUUUGCUCGACCGCUUCUUGGUGGCGACAAGAUUCCUUAUCCUAGGCGCUGUCGAACAGGGCGCGCUCCCAUGGAUACUGAUAUGAAGUCUGAGAGCAGAGUAGAGAAGCCUCUGCCUACGUAUGUGCCUAGAGACGAGCAAUUUGAGGAGUCGAAGAUGAAUGCCUUUUCAACCGGGAGGCUGAAGGCGGUCCUUCAUAACCUCAUACCGUCUCUGAUGGCUAGCAUAUCAGCGAAUAACCAAGAUUUCAAGGGAUUCUCGGACAUUGACAGCCUGUACAGUGAAGGCCUUCUCCUCAAACUCGGCCUCCACGACGAGAUCAUGAACAAGAUCCAAUUGCCUAAAGCUGUCACCACAAUUCAAGAAGGUGGUCUGCUCAAAUAUGACCUUCCAAAGAUUGUAUCAAAGGACAAAUAUGCAUGGUUGAGGGAUGACGAGUUUGCUCGUCAAGCCAUAGCCGGGGUGAACCCUGUCUCCAUUGAGAGGCUUCAGUCGUUUCCCCCAGUGAGUAAACUUGACCCCGAAGUCUAUGGACCUCUGGAAUCAGCUCUCAAGGAAGAACACAUUGCUGGACAACUCAAUGGCAUGACCAUACAAGAGGCUUUGGAUGCGAACAAGCUCUUUAUCAUUGAUUACCAUGACAUUUACUUGCCAUUCAUCGACAAAAUCAAUGCCCUUGAUGGCCGGAAAUCAUACGCAACACGAACUGUUUACUUCUUGACCGAUGCUGGAACCCUCAAGCCCAUAGCUAUAGAGCUCAGUCUUGCGCCAAGCUCUACGAAGCCAAACCGUGUAGUCACACCGCCGGUGGAUGCCACCACCUAUUGGAUGUGGCAGCUGGCUAAAGCCCAUGUUUGCUCUAAUGAUGCCGGAGUUCAUCAGCUUGUCCACCAUUGGCUACGAACCCACGCAACACUGGAGCCGUUCAUCUUGGCAGCGCAUAGGCAGAUGAGCGCUAUGCACCCGAUUUUUAAGCUCUUGGAUCCUCACAUGAGGUACACGCUGGAGAUCAAUGGGCUAGCUCGCCAAAGCUUGCUCAGUGUGGACGGUGUGAUUGAGUCUUGCUUCACCCCCGGCCGUUACUGUAUGGAGAUGAGCGCGGCUGCCUAUUCGAGCUUCUGGCGCUUUGAUCAAGAAAGCCUCCCUGCCGAUCUCAUCAGAAGAGGAAUGGCCGUGCCGGACCCCACACAGCCGCACGGGCUGAAAUUGGUUGUCGAAGACUAUCCGUACGCGUCGGACGGGCUAAUGAUAUGGGGCGCUAUCGAGAAUUGGGUCCGACAUUACGUGAACCACUACUACCCCGACUCGGCCCGAGUCUGCAACGACAAGGAGUUGCAGGCUUGGUACGCCGAGUCCAUCAAUGUGGGCCACGCAGAUCUACGUCACGCAGACUGGUGGCCCACAUUGGCAACUCCUGAGGACUUGAGUUCGAUUCUCACCACCUUAAUAUGGCUAGCAUCGGCCCAACACGCGGCCCUAAACUUCGGCCAGUACCCCUACGGAGGGUAUGUCCCGAACCGGCCGCCGCUCAUGCGGCGGCUCAUCCCCGACGAGAACGACCCGGAGUACGCCAUUUUCCUCUCCGACCCGCAAAAGUACUUCUUUUGCGCGCUCCCGAGCUUGCUACAAGCCACGAAGUUCAUGGCGGUGGUCGACACGUUGUCGACUCACUCGCCCGACGAGGAGUACCUCGGCGAGAGGCAUCACCAGUCCAUAUGGUCCGGUGAUGCCGAGGUCAUCGAGGCGUUUUACGAGUUCUCGGCCGAGAUAAGGCAGAUCGAGAAGGAAAUCGAGAAGAGAAACUCGGACCCGAGCCUUCGGAACCGGUGCGGCGCCGGAGUCUUGCCGUAUGAGCUUCUCGUGCCGAGUUCGGAACCAGGAGUGACAUGUAGAGGUGUACCUAAUAGUGUGUCCAUAUAAGUUGACAAUAAUGCUAGAAAAGAGAGUUGGUAAUUAGGUUUGUAUGUAUGUAUUUAUGUAUAUUUGUAUCUAAGAUUAAUGUUGUAGUGCUCAAAAGUUCAACGUAGGCUUAAAUAUGUAAUUUAUAGAAAUUAGCCUUUAUAAUUGCUGUUUUAAGUGCAUAGAUGAGUCAAUGAUAUGCAAGAUUAGGCUUGGAAUCAUUUUUCAA